GAAAACGGCAUUAUGGGCGAGAACUCUGUCAACGGGGAGGCUAUCCACUCCCAAUUCCUCGAUCACCUGACAUCCUAUCCUGUUGUCUCCGACUCUAUCACCGUCAUCAAGACCAACAAGUACGCCGCGAGGUCUCUGGAAUAUGCCGACCAAGGCUACUCUCGCUUAGCCAAGCCGUUCCUUCCUUACUUCUCCAAGCCGUAUGGCUUCGUUGCUCCGUAUGUCGCGCGCGUAGAUACUCUCGGAGACAAAGGCCUGAGCAAGGUUGAUGAAACGUUCCCAUUUAUCAGAGAUGAUACAACCACGCUCAAGGGAUCGAUCAAAGAUGGUGUCUCAUUCCCAGUGCGAUUCGUUUAUGACCUAAAGGGUCAUGUUUUUGACACUUACAGUUCUGAGUACAAGAAGUGUGGUGGGGACGGAAUGGUUGCGAGCGGUAAGGCCGUCAUCACCACCGGCUUGGUGCUCUCGCAGGAGUCGCUAGCCUAUAUCAGCUCCUUGCUUCAGGCCAAGAAAGCCCAAGUUAAGGAUGCAGUCAACGAAAAGACUGACAACUAAACUCUCGCAAUGUUAAUCUUUAUUCCUGUUUCAGCUGGUCUGUUGUCUUGCGAUGAGGUAAUUCUUUUGCGUGUUUGUUGUUUAGAUCGUUUUGCUCUGGGAGGCCUGUCUCCUUUAUUCGGUUUGUCUUGGACAUAGGCGGUUGCGUUCAAUUCUCCAUGUGCUCAUGCGGCUUGCAUUGGAUACAUACACAGGCUUGGUAAUGGUAG